AUGUAUCUUAAGGAACAAAAUCUAAGGAAUCACUCUUCCCUCACACAGUUUCUUCUCUUGGGAUUCUCAGAGGUUCGUGAGCUUCAGGUUUUAUUCUUCACUGUCUUCCUUGUUUACUAUCUAAUAGCAGUUGGAAUAAAUCUUCUCAUCAUUUCUGCGGUAGUUGCUGACCACCACUUACAUAACCCUAUGCACUUCUUUCUGAUGAACUUGGCCAUACAGGAUGUGGGACAAAUUUCAGUCAUUGUCCCGAAAUCCAUGGCAAAUUCCCUCAAGAAUAUUAGACACAUUUCAUUUUCUGGAUGUGUUGCUCAAGUGCUUUUCUAUUUUAUGUUUGCAGCAUCUGAUUUCUUUCUUCUCACAGUUAUGGCAUAUGAUCGGUAUGUUGCUAUUUGCAAUCCAUUACAAUAUGAGAUGUUGAUGAACAAGCAAGCCUGCCUUCAAAUGAUUGCUAUUGUCUGGAUCAUCAGCUUUCUUUAUGGAGCCUUACACACUGGCGGUACCUUUGCAGCCCCUUUUUGCUCUAACAUUGUUAACCAAUUUUUCUGUGAAGUCCCACAAUUAAUGAAGCUUGCCUGCUCUGAUUUGCACCUAAUUGAAGCCGUGUUUCUUUUAGUAAGUAUUGUGAUUGCAGGAGGAUGUUUUAUUUUCAUCCUUUUGACUUAUGUGCAUAUCUUUACAGCGGUGUUGAAAAUUCCAUCCAUGCAGGGAAGGCAGAAAGCAUUAUCCACUUGCCUUCCCCACCUCAUCGUGGUUUCUGUAUUAGUAUUUACAGGAUGUUCUGUUUAUCUGAGGACAUCCUCUAAUUCUCAAUCAAAUCUUGAAUUGGCAAUGACUAUAUUAUACUCUAUGGUCCCCCCUUUAAUGAACCCAAUAAUCUACAGCAUGAGAAACAAGAAAAUAAAAAUGCCAUAA